GUCGAUCUUCACUACAAUGGCGUUCGGUUCCGGCGACUCGGCGUCUGCCUUAGCAUCUGGCGGGGCUGCUCGUCGCAAGCGUCUGUCCGGGGAGUCAGCGCUGGGCACCCUGAGCGCCGGCGCCGCGGGCAUGCAGGCCGUGUACAGCCUCCUCACGGGAGGCUCCGAUUCCCUCAUGGAAACCGAGCAGAACGCUCCGGGCAGCCAGCAAUACGAGGGCACGUUUUCGCUCAGCAAUCAGAUCGGCCUGAAGGGCGUCAACGAGCUCGUGUCCAGGAUCAGCAACUACGACCGUCAGCGCUUCUUGGAAGAAGUCCGGACAGUGGCCUGUGACCGCAUGGAUGCCUGCGUCCAGGGACGGGAUCUUGCUGAGGAUGUGGGACGCGAAGCCGCAGAAGAGACGGUGGACCGGGACAUGAAGUACCUGGACUCGGCAUUGCUGGGGAUACGGGGACUCGACUGUGAAUCGCAGUAUCGGGGAUGCACAGACUUUAGCUGAUCAACGCACGAACUCCAAGUGAACCGAGGGACCGCCUGCGCACUCACAAACAACGGAGGGCUAUGCUUACGACCAAAGAACCGAAUGACGUCACGUGGGUUGAUCCCGAGGUGCAAGGAGGACGAUGCAUAUGAAAGAACGAAUA